AUGCGAGCGGUUACCAGCCCGCCGGACGCUCGCGAGGGUUCAAGACCGCGCGUCCCGGUUCCCCUUACCACCUUGACACACCACGCCCGACACCCGAUAGCGAAAGCGGAAAGCGAGGAGUCUCUGCGGGCGAAUCUGGGGCGAGCGGAGGCCGCGCCGUCGCUGCCCCCUUUGCGCUGCUGGCCUGGCGCUACAGCCACGACGGGCCCGCCGGGGGGCCCCGCCCACCCUACUCCCGCGCUUGGAUCGCGCGUAUUUGAAGACGCUCGCGGGAGCGCGUCGGCGGGCUGGUACCGCUCCGCAGUCGGCGUGCGACCGCCGCCGCCGCCGCCGCCGCCCCUCGCAGCACCGCGGAGCACGCGCCUGCCCCCGCUGCCGUUCGUAUUCCGCGCGCGCCGCAGCGCCUUGCGUUCACGCACGCGAGGGUCGCAGGGUGUUGGCGCAGAUGUUUCAAAUAUUGAACACGUGCAACAUCCGACGAUGCGCUUAUCCUACAUCCCGGAAGGCACGUUGCAGGCUCUCGCCAAAGCCAUGGCCCCCGACGAGGAGGAGGACGAGGAAGACAAAGAGCGCGCUCAGGCCAUGCCGAAGACUCCGGAAGAGAGCGAAGAGCUGCUAGAGAGCGAAGAAGAAGAAGAAGAAGUAGAAGAAGAAGAGGCAGAAGCAGUUGAGGUGGAGAGAGAGGUGGAGGUGGAGAAGCUAUCUCCAGAAGAAGAAAAAAGAGAGCUGAAGGAAUCGUUGAAGAAAGAAAUAGAAGAGAGGGUAGAGAAGGAGGGGGAGAGAAGAGCGUUGAAGGGAGUUCUCAAGACAGGAUUCGAUAGGCAAGAAGACAGAUCAGACAUGAAGAAAAAAAUAGAGAAGAAAGUCGAAACGCAUAUGGAUGGAGGUGAAGAGGGGCAGGAAGGGAAGGGGGAGCGGGAAGACGGCGAGGGAGAGGAGGAGGGCGACGCAGGCAAGGAAGAGCCUGAACCGGUCGCCGACGAUUACGAUGAUGAUGACGAUGACGAUGACGAUGACCAGAUGGGCGAUUACCGCGGGAUGGGAAUCGCAGGCGACGUCGCGGGCGCGAAACGCAUCGCCGUCCACCGCCACUCGCAGCUGCAGAAGGAGCACCGCCGAAAGCGACUCGUCACCAAGGGCGGCGUGCCCACCUACUCGGAGGACACUGUAGCAGACCUCUACCGACUGGCAGACGAGAUAGUGGGAGGACUCUGGAUAAAACCGAAACCGGGGAAGUAGCACUGUUUCUUCCAGCUCCGCAUUUAAAUGAACCAAGAAACCAAGAGGCAGGGAAUGAAGUCAUGUCAUUGGUGCUUUUCCAUGGCGUGCGCUGUCGAUCGUGUCGAAAGGCCUCAAAAAACUAUAUUCUACGCUAUGCGUUUGCGCUUUAACUAAUAAAUUAUUAAUCAAAC